CACCCUCUCACUGGGGAAGUGUCACUCCGCCGCCCCCCUCCCACCUCCUCAUUCCUGCUGACUCCCUGCUUACCCUCUCGUCUUUCGCCUCCUCGCCUCAACCCUUUCUGGAGGCCAGUAGUUUAUAGUCAUGGAGCAGACGGCAGUCACACACCAACCAGAACUGUCCAUCACCAAUCCCUCACCAUCAGCGUUUGAAGAGGAGGAAGUGGGGGGCUUCACAGCAGGAAGUGAAGAUAACUGGAGGUCAUGCAAUGUCCUUGCAGUGACAGACCCAGUACUCACGCAACCCGGCCUCGGCGUCACCACGACAACCGUCACCACCAUCACACAGACGGGAGGAGACUGGAGCACUGGCCUGUUUAACGUCUGUGGAGACAAGACUACAUGUAUUCUCGGAGCUCUGGUGCCGUGCUGUUUGGACCUGAGUUUAGCUCACCAGUAUGGUGAGUGUCUGUGCAUGCCUCUGCUACCAGGAUCCACUUUUGCCAUACGAGUUGGGAUCAGGGAGCGGUACAAGAUACGGGGCAGUGUGUGUGAGGACUGGACCACAGUGUACUGCUGUUACCCUCUGGCUGUAUGCCAGAUGAUAAGAGAGAUGAAGCGGAGGAUGAAGACACAGACGUAUCAUGUGUCCACUGCCCUCGAAAGCUCCUGAAGAAACUCUAGAUAGUAAAUGAGGCCUGUACUUUUACAGUGCAACAGAAACUGGUGAGGGCCAGCUGAGAUUUCUGGUAUGAACAGCACAAAGAAUCAAUACUAUAAGGUUUGAACUUACUUUUAAAUGCCACUGAGGACGCCUUGGCCAAUAAAUCAAGCCUAUCCUACAACAUUCAAAGAAGACUGGAAAGGACGAACUUUGAUUAAUAGCAUAAACAGCAAAACGAAUCAGAGCUUUAAGGUCUAAACUGCCUUGGAGGUUGUUAGAUUCUAACUGAAACAUACUUUUAAACUGCUGUUGGACCUCUGUUUAGUGAGGAUAUAAUGAAUAAACUUGAUAACAAUAUUGUGCUACUCUUGUGAAGACAAGAACACAUCAGGUAGAUUUUGAGUUGGGUGACAAGCAGGUGGCAAGACGCAUGCUGAUUUGGUUUCAGUAGCUGUCACUGUCAGCAAACAUCUGGUACAACUCUCAAUCAGACACCAGAAACUUUUAAAAAACAGCAUAGUCACCACUAAUUGUAUCUAGGACUGCACUUUAGUGUUUUUCAGUUUUAUUUGAAAUAUCAGUCCUGGAAAUUUCUGCGGCCUACCCAAUAUAAUUAAGAUAAAUGGAACAUUGUUUGUGCUGCUCACAACAAUGAAAAUUUAAUUUGAAAAAGAUGUCUUUCCAAAAACAAUGUCCCUUGUGCUCUGGAUAGUCAAUUAAGCAGGCUAAUAAUGGUUCAUAGGUACAAUUUCUUCAAAAUAAAGUGCUACGAACAAAGUGAGAAAGGUGACUCGGGUGAACAGUCCCUUUAAUUUUGUCUCGUAUGCCAAAGGUCACCAGACACAUUAUCGUCUUCAGUCCCUCUCAGACGUCCAGGGAAGAUGAAGUGAGGAAACAUAAAGCUUUCUAGACCUUGAGGCACAAAUUGUGCGAUGGGGACAUAACUCAACAAUAUCUACAAAUCAGACUAAAUCCAAGUAAAGCCAGAGAGACGCAAAAAAGCUUAGUCAGUUCAGUUUGAUAUGAGCAGUCAUUUAGUUUCUUAAUUAAGAAUAAAUGCUUAUGAGAUUUGUUUUAUUUAUUCCAGACUGUGGGAUGAAACAAGAGUGCAAGUCAAUUCAGUAUGCAGAACCACUUGUCUGAUUACCCGGAAAACCGUCCACAAUGUAGCGCCGAUCACAGUCUACACUUCAAGUACAGUCUGAUGAUAAUAAAGCCUAUUUCCAUAUUUCUGAUAUUCUUUUAUCCUUCUGUUCCUUGAUUCACCUCAGGCAUUCAAUCAUAUUAUUAAACCAGUCCUGAUUGCUGUGGUUCCCUGAACCCGAAAUGCCAACCAGCAAGAACGGAUAUGGAAAAUGUUAUUCAUACACAAAGCAGAUGGGUCCUCAAAGGGCAAAUAUGUAAUUUGUUAACUCUUACGGAUGUGGUCCCCCACCUGGCAGCUGCUUCAAAUAAAAUGGGGGGAAAAGGGAGAAAAUGGGUUUGGUGUCAAGGAAAGAGAGAGAGAUGUGAAUAAUAAAAUCUAAUCAUAUUUUACAUACAGUACACUGCACAUUUAAAGGAGUUAAUCUACUGAAUGAAAAUACAUAUUUUUCAAUCACUGCAAUCCUUUAUAUGUGUAUAUUUCUCUCUUAUGUGAUUAUGUUUGUUGUUGGUUUUGAGUAUAUCGGAAGUCAUCAUCCUUAACCGACAGUGUUCCUCAGUUAAAGAAUGAUGAAAUAUCAGAACGAGUAAGGCCUCUUAUGCAAAGGUGAUCCACAUUUAGUCAGUCAGGACAAAUUUCCAGAUUAUAGUCCUUGCACCAUGCAAUUGAACACAGUGGUGUACAUGCCUAUGAAUGCUGCUUUAGCUUUAGACAGAAAAUACCCAUAACAGAUUUUCUGUAUGGGCGAUUUCACCUACCAGUUUUAUGUUCCACUGUGAACAUUGUGAAUUCACGCUCUACACAGAAGACCAAGAACAGUCCAUUGCUUGUUGCUGUGUACAUCAACAAAUCAUCAGCAAAGAGACAAAUGUGUUGCAAUUCACUAAUUCUUAUCUGAAAAACAUUUUUUAAAUAAUAAAAAUAAUAAUAUGUUCACAUAUUGGCAUAGAAUCUAUCCAUGCUCAGUAGAACUACUCCAAUUGCUAAUCCAUAUCCCUGCGAUUAAAACAGGAGUUGUUGUUUACAAGAUUGUAAAAUUCUGUUUAUGUUUCAUGACAGCUGUAACAUAACUUCCAGAUGUCCACAGUGGUAAUAAGCUGUAAUGUUCUGAAUUAAACCACCCAACAGUACAUACAAGUACAGCUUAAAGCUAAUAGUUGAUUUAUCAGUCAGUCAACUGACAGAACAUUAAUUCAACAUUUAAUUAUUCAACAUUUAAUUAUUAAACAUUUUUCUCGCAAAAA